AUGUUGAGGCGAAGAUUCCUGUGUAAAGUCAUCCGACUGUACAAUACUUGUGCGGAUGUGGAAGUGUCGAGACUUCCACGACACAAUGAUUGUUUACUGAUGUGGAAUAAAGUCAAAAAUCAGCAGAUUAAUCUAUGCAUGUCACCGCGUGUUGAAAAAGUUACAGUUAUUUACGAUGGUAUUCUGGGGAAAUCAACUUUGGAAAUGACUAAGGGCAUAUCAACUCCUUUAGACUGUGCCAAACACUUAUCUGAAAUGUUGGUUAAAGAAAGUGCUAUUGCUAUGGUUAACAAUGUACCUUGGGAUAUGAAUCGUCCAUUGAUAAGUGACUGUUCGCUUGAUUUUGUUCAUUUCAAGGAUUCUCACAUUGAUCCAACAGCUGCAAACAAUGCAUUUUGGCAGUCAUGUACCCUCCUUCUAGCAGCUGCUCUAGAGACAGCUUUUCACCAUAAACACAAUGUUCGCGUAAUUAGUCUCCCGGUGGUCAGUCCACAAAGCGGUGGAUUCACAUGUGAUAUUUCAUUCGAUCCCGCCCAUAAGUCAUUUACUAACUGGGUGCCGUCAUCUCAAGAAUUAUAUGCACUAAGUACCCAUAUUCAAAGGAUGGCAAUUAAUGAUUUAAAUUUUGAACCGUUAGAUGUGCCAGUUGAUAAUGAACUAUUUCAAAAGUUGUUUGCAGACAAUCCUCUACGAUCGAAACAGAUCAGUCAAGUUUUUAACAAGCAACGUGUUGAUGAAUCACAAUUCAACGAAAGAAAUUCUCUGCCUGUCUAUCGGGUUGGAGACUUUGUUGAGUGCUUUACUGAUGGACCACUAAUACAAUCAACCAAACUUAUAGGAAAAAUUGCAAUCAGUUCAUUUCAACAUCUUGGACGGCUUCGUGGAUCUUCGAAUUCUGUUUAUCGUGUUCAAGGUGUAGCAAUACCAUCAGCUUUCCUUACUCACUUCACGACUUUCAACCGUCUUAUCCAGUGGUCUCAAUUACCCAAUGCAGAAAUUGACGCCUUUCCAGAUUAUGUAGAAGCAUUCUCUAAGCCUGGUCAACCUCUUGAUGUAAUAAAAACAGAAAAAAGAAAACUAUUAGGCAAGACACGUACUCAUAUUGAUAAGGAUACUUUUUACAUAAGACGUGCAAAAGUCGAUGAUACUGGAGUCUAUAAAUGUUUAUUUAAAGGAAAAGAAUUAAGAGUAUGGGCUGUAACAGUCUUGAAACCUGGUGAUGAACCAUUUAGAAACAUCUUCUUACCUUUAGAAAGAAUAACGGAAAAUUCCACAACUACACUGAAUAAUAGUAUAACUGCUGACAGUAGCUUACAACCGUUAGCAACACAGUUUUUGGUUAGUAAUAACUUAAAGCUACUUACACAAUGGUCUUCGUGGUCUGACUGUAUUCCCUGUACUCCAAAAGAAUACCUGAACUCAUUAUCAGAGUCAAAGAUAAGUGGCAUUCAAAUAAAAAUUGGUAUUUGUCAUGUCGCUCCUAUUGAUCGGUCAUAUGCAAUUCAACCACACAUGUUGGCUAUUGAAACAGGUGAAACCUUGAACUUGUACAAUGAUCCAGGUUUACCCUGCCGAUCUCAUUUAAUCAGGGAUUCUUUUUUGAAAUAUGGUCCAAUGGAAUUUCAUAAAAGACCGAGUGAGCUGAAGAUCAGACGGUGUAUACAAACAUGUUCAGGUGAAGAAAAAAAUGUUGCCUCAUUUACAUCAGUUCUCAGUAGAGUGCAACGUUACCCUAAACACGUUACUAUGCGAGUGAAUGAAGGUGAACGAUUGGUUAUCACAUGUCCAGUUAGAAAUUCACCAGAAAAGCCAAUAACAUGGUUUUAUGCACCAGAGAAUACUGAAGAAUUAAUGGAAUUAACUAAAACAGCCUAUAAUUUAAGUAUUAUUCGUCAAUAUGGAUCGUCUACGCGUUAUUUAGCUACAAAAUUGAAACAAAUUGAUUUUACGACAUUGAUAAAAGAAACACGCGGACGAUAUAAACUCGACUCAGCCUUUAAUAUUAUUGUAGCUGAAACAGUAUCCAUAAGAAAUGAGAAAUACAAGGGUUUACACCAUUUAAUCUGUGUACAUGGUGAUGCCUGUGCAGUACGUUAUGAUAACAAUAAGAAUAACAGUGAUGACUUGAUUACGAAUAAUAACGACAAUUAUGGUGAAUGGUCAGGUAUUAUUCAUAUUGAUACAAUACCACGAAGUGCUUUUGUAAUUUUUCUAUCGAAAUUAACACCAGUUGUUCAGUUGUUAAUACCGUUUAUCCUGGCAUUAGGUUUAUUCUUUAUUGUCAUUCUUACAUUAUACACUGAAAGAAAGCCGAAAAUGCGCCUAGCUGCCAAUGGUAUGAUAAUUAAAUAA